AUGUUCACCUCAAAUUGGUGGAUAAAUGUCAUCACGCCGUGUACGAUAAUAGUUACGGUCGCAUAUUAUUUCUGCGUGUCGACCUUUAAGAAAUGGGAAAAGCUCAACGUGCCCUACAUCAAACCGGUCCCGUUGUUCGGAAACUUUUUGGAUAUAGCACUGGGCAAAGCCCACCCGUUGGAAUUUUACGGCAAAAUCUAUGACGAGUUCGCCGGUCGCAAAUAUGGAGGGCUGUACCAGAUGAGGACGCCUUAUCUAAUGGUUCGCGAACCUGAAAUUAUCAACGACAUGUUGAUAAAAGACUUCUCGUCUUUCCCCGACCGCGGUAUUUACUCGGAUUUCGUGGCGAACCCGUUGUCGAACGGUUUGUUCUUCAUGGAAAAUCCACAAUGGAAAACAAUAAGAAACAAAUUGACGCCCGCUUUCACGUCCGGAAAACUCAAGACGAUGUACGAUCAGAUCAAAGAGUGCGGCGAUGAGUUGAUGAAAACCAUCGAUAUGGAUCUGAUUAAAAACGGCAACGAAAUAGAAAUAAGGGACAUCAUGGGAAAGUAUUCGACCGACGUCAUCGGCACUUGCGCUUUUGGGCUCAAGCUGAACGCCAUCAACGAUGACGAAUCCCCAUUUCGUAAAUACGGAAAAUCCAUAUUCACACCUUCGCUAAGGACGCUUUUCAGAGAACUGUGUUUGAUGGUCACCCCUGCACUUUUGAAAGUCGUAAGAGUAAAGGAUUUUCCGACUGACGCUACCGACUUUUUUCACGCGGUGUUUAAAGAAACGAUAACGUAUAGACUAGAAAAUAAAAUAGUCAGAAACGAUUUUGUCCAAUGUUUGAUACAAGCUAGAAAUGAUUUAGUUUUGAAUGCAGAUUUACCAAAACAUGAAAAAUUUACAGAAUCACAAAUCGUAGCAAAUGCUUUUGGAAUGUUUGCUGCCGGUUUUGAAACUGUAUCUUCUACCAUAAGCUAUUGUUUAUAUGAAUUAGCGUUAAAUAAAUCUAUUCAAGAUAAACUACGCAAAGACAUUCAACUAAAAUUGUCCAAAAAUGACGGACAAAUUAACUCCGAGUUUCUGAUGGAUCUUAAUUAUUUGGAUAUGGUUAUAGCAGAAACACUCCGUAAGUAUCCUCCACUGGUUGCUUUGUUCAGAAAAGCAUCACAAAAAUAUCGAGUACCCAAUGAUUCAUUAAUAAUUGAAAAGGGUCAAAAAAUAAUAAUUCCAAUUUAUGCAUUGCAUUAUGAUAGUAAUUAUUACCCGGAGCCUGAAAAGUUUAAUCCUGAAAGAUUUUCACCUGAAGAAAAAGCAAAGCGGCCAAAUGGUAUUUACCUACCAUUUGGUGAUGGACCUCGAAUUUGUAUAGGAAAACGUUUCGCAGAGAUGGAAAUGAAAUUGGCAUUUGUGGAAAUGUUAACCAAAUUUGAAGUAUUUCCAUGUGACAAAACGGAAAUUCCUCUAAAAUAUUCUAAUAAUGUUAUAACAUUGGUACCAAAACAUGGAAUUUGGCUAAGGUUUAAAAGAAUUAAUUGA